GGUUUACAAGUGGGAUGAUAAAACUCCCCUAGCCCUUUUCAGCCCAUUAUAUAUGAAAUCAAUAUUUCUUUCAGUGACCGGUUACUUCCUCCAGCUGACACGCCAAUGAAGACUGCAGAUGACUGCAACAACACAUGACGUGACUGUGAUGUUUUGUCUUCACUGAACAAAUGGAUCGAAAGAUAUCUAGGCAAUUCUUGGGGAAGCCAGAAAACCUCACACCACCGACGUGCUCAGUUCAGCCAGCGUAGGGGCAGAAAAAAUAGCCUGAAGCUUCACGAUCUUCCAGUCUGAUUUGCUGUGAGGACUGCUUCAUAAAUUCAAAUAGUCCUAUGACUUCAACGUCACGCUGAAAGCAUUUCCAUCGCAAAGAAUGAGCAUGGAUAACUCAGGGCCAGGAAAAUGGGCAAAGGAAAUACGGAGGCCCACCACCCGGCUGGGACGGCCCUCCGCCGGAGAGGGGGUGUGAGAUCUUCAUUGGGAAACUGCCCCGAGACCUCUUUGAAGAUGAACUUAUACCAUUGUGUGAAAAAAUUGGCAAAAUCUAUGAAAUGAGAAUGAUGAUGGAUUUUAAUGGAAACAAUAGGGGCUAUGCCUUUGUAACCUUCUCUAAUAAACAGGAAGCGAAGAAUGCAAUAAAGCAGCUCAAUAAUUAUGAAAUUAGGAAUGGACGUCUCCUUGGGGUCUGUGCCAGUGUGGACAACUGCCGUCUGUUUGUGGGGGGCAUCCCCAAAACAAAGAAAAGGGAGGAAAUCUUAGCAGAAAUGAAGAAAGUCACGGACGGAGUUGUGGACGUCAUUGUGUACCCUAGUGCGGCUGAUAAAACGAAAAACCGGGGUUUUGCUUUUGUGGAAUAUGAAAGUCACCGGGCAGCAGCGAUGGCAAGGAGAAAAUUGCUGCCAGGAAGGAUCCAGUUAUGGGGACACCCAAUUGCUGUUGACUGGGCAGAGCCAGAAGUCGAGGUAGAUGAAGACACCAUGUCAUCGGUAAAAAUUCUUUAUGUGAGGAACCUCAUGCUAUCGACUACUGAAGAGACCAUUGAAAAGGAAUUCAACAACAUCAAACAAGGUGCAGUGGAGAGAGUAAAGAAAAUUAGAGACUACGCCUUCGUGCACUUUAAUAAAAGAGAAGAUGCGGUUGAAGCUAUGAAAGCCUUGAACGGGAAGGUGCUGGAUGGUUCCCCUAUCGAAGUGACAUUAGCCAAACCCGUCGACAAAGACAGUUACGUCAGAUACACCCGGGGCACGGGGGGAAGAGGUACCAUGUUGCAAGGAGAAUACACCUAUGCGUUUGGACACGUGUACGAUCCCGCCACGGCCUACCUCGGCGCUCCCGUCUUCUACGCACCCCAGGCCUACGCAGCUAUCCCUAACCUUCAUUUCCCGGCCACCAAGGGGCUGACCAACAGGAGCAUUAUCCGACCUCCAUCUGUCCGAGAAAUUUACAUGAAUGUACCUGUAGGGGCUGCGGGAGUUAGAGGACUAGGAGGUCGCGGCUACCUGGCUUACACAGGCCUGGGGCGCGGAUACCAGGUCAAAGGAGAAAAGAGGGGAGAGGAUAAACUCUACGACCUCUUGCCAGGAAUGGAGCUCACGCCGAUGAACCAUGUCACUUUAAAACCCCAAGGGAUCAAGCUUGCGCCUCAGAUCUUAGAAGAAAUCUGCCAGAAAAAUAAUUGGGGACAGCCUGUUUACCAGCUUCAUUCUGCAAUUGGCCAAGAUCAAAGACAGCUGUUCCUAUAUAAAAUCACGAUUCCUGCCCUUGCUAGCCAGAACCCUGCCAUACAUCCCUUCACACCUCCCAAGCUCAGUGCAUAUAUUGAUGAAGCCAAAACCUACGCAGCAGAAUACACCCUUCAGACGCUGGGGAUUCCCACAGAAGGAACAGAGGUGCCUCCCGCAGCACCUGCUUUUCCAGGAUACACCAUUGCUAAUGCAGCCGCGACAGUCACAGCCACUCAGCUGAAACAAGCAGUGACAAUGGGACAAGAUUUAGCAACUUAUGCCGCGUAUGAAGCCUACCCCGCCUUCGCAGUAGCUACACGCAGUGAUGGUUAUGGGGCGUUUUAAUGCUGUAUUGUAUCAAUAGUUUCCUUAAAUUAAGCACAGGCAGGAAAAUUCUCAUGAUUUUUAGCUAAUCUGUCUUCUAAAAUUAGAUUUUAGCCCGAGUUUUAUUCUUCUAGCUUGUUAGUUUCAUAACAGAACGUUGGGGGACAAAAAGAAAAAUUAAGAAAAUCAGUAAAAAUCAGACUUUCAGACUACAAGUAGAAUGUUAUCCCAGAAGAUAAGUGGUUCUCAGGUAUAUAUAGCAUUGUGUGUGUGUGUUUACAAGCAACAAUCCACACUGAAAACAGAAUAAGUCCCAUUCAGGUGGUGAUUUGAGAGCCUGGGAAGGAAGCGGUGCUUCUAGCAAUCCCGCACUCUCCGCUCUCUCUCUCUGUUCACCUGUAUCUCUAUCCAGACAGAGAAAUUUAAGGCUGCCCCUUUGGCCCUUGGUGAACAGAUCGCUGGCUUGCCUUUUACCGCCUUUGAAAACCUCGUGUGACAAGCGCUCCGGGGACGUGCUCAGGCUCAGUUAGGCACCUCAUUUUUUUUUUUUUAAAUUAAUGCUAGCACAGCCAAGGAAAAAAGUCAUAAAUGUGUCAGUCCAACCUAACAGCCUGAUUUGUAUGCUCUUUAAUGCAGAUACGAUUUUUCAAGCAGAAGGCAGGCAUUCAGCAGAGUUUUCUCUCCUACUUUGCUACUUCCUGGCCGUAGCUAUAAGUAGCAAAACAGCGAAGAAUGGUGCAUUCUCCCCUCCCGUCCAAUGGCAUUUUCAGUCAAAGACAGGAAAACCUUCAGGACUAUUAAGGUUGAGGACCAGAAAAACACUAUUUAUUGUGGCCAAUCUUUACAUUCAUGAAAGUUUCCCGGGGUAACGCACGCGCCUCUGCAGUAAACGUUCCUCCUGUUCUGAAGAGCACCGGCCUCUGGUAGCCAGGGUCGGGUUCGUACUCUUUUGGGAUACUGAAAGUGUCCUUUGCUUAACAGCAGCAGGGAAUUAUUCUUAUAUUUCAGUCAUCGGAUUGACCUAGGAGUAACCAUGCCCAGCAGACAGAGAAGGAAUUCGGUUUUCGGUAACUACAGGGCACUUGUUUUAAUUGUCUAGAGCAUGCACUCUAAGAAAACUGGCAUCUGUUCAGUCUAGAUCUGAAAACCGCCUCAGAUUUAUUAGCCAGGAGAGUUUACAACCUGUAAGAUGAACAGCUGAAUCCCCUUCUGGUUCUUCCACAACGUUAUUCCAGGUGUACAUUUUCCUCUGUCACAGAGCAAAAACAAGCAUCUUCCCCGCAUGUCACGAGAGCAGCUCCCCCUCAGUGUUUAGAUGUUGGUGCCCAUUGAUUUGAACAGAUCUGGCCCUAAACUAGAUGAGAUAAUGUGACACUGUGAAAGCUGUUUUGCUAUUGUAAGUGGAGCUUAAUCAGAUGUACCUAAAGCUUUAAAAAAAGUGCUAAUCAAUGAAAAGGGGUUGACCAGUAGGAACUAAGUACUCUCAUACUUCAGCUGACUUGAUCUUGGCAGGACUGGAACAAAACCAUAUAAGCUGUAUAGUUUGUGGUACUAUUAGACGCCUAUGUUGAAGAUGUUUUGUAGCUUUGUAGUAGCAUCUCUCGCUCGCUCUCUGCCUAGACAUACGCGCGUACGCAUGUUCCUUAACUAGAGCAUGUUCAAGAAACUUAAAAGGACGCUGUCAAGGUAUCUGCUAUCAUUUUUACUAUCCUGGCUGUUUAUUUUUAGUACCUUGCUUUCUGUGAUCCGCUUGAGCUCUCUUGUGUCUCAUGCUGGCAUUACUAUAGCCCAGCAGAAACCGGGGGCCUUUUGUACGCCAAGGACUACCUCAGCUGUCUUCCCCCCUGCCUCGCUUGCGUGGCAGUAGGUUGCUUACCUGUGUCACUCUCCAACGCUGGGCAGCCUUCUACAAGCGUAGCUGAUUUCUUUUGCAUUGCUUUGAGUUUGCUGCCGGCUUUCAAGACAAGCCAGGGUGGCUGCCAGAGAGCAGGUGCUUAGGUACCCAUGUGGAGCUGGGCUUUCGGAGAGGUCCUGCAAAAAUUUGCCUAAUCCCAAACCGUUUCUUCAAUUAAAUUUCAUUAGCGCUCUCAGGCGGGAAUAUCACUUAAGGAAAAUGACCUUAUAAUCGAAGUUAGGCACAGGAAUCAUUCGCAGUCACUGCCUUGGACAGCGUCCCUUUAAGAUAUCCGGAGCAUUACCUCCAGCUAGAUACUUCAGACCCUCUGUACCUGCUGCUAAUGGAGGUUUGUUUCUAUUUAUAAACCAUCUCAUUCAGGUGAUCCAAAAGGUAUUAUUGUCCUCUGUCAUUGCUAUUCAGCACACCUUCAUUCACAAAAAAAAAAAGAAAAAAAAAACUAAAAAAAGACAACCCUGGUUGCAGGGUUGCAAGAGUGUUAUUGGUAUUCUAGCUGUAUUUUCUCUUCUAUCUCUGUGUUUUAAGUCAUGUUUCAAAAUACUGCCAAUGAAUAAUAGAGCCAUGCUUCUCUUUUUUAACAACAACAAAAAACUACUGUUGGUAGAAAACAUUUCUCAUUUUCAAUAUUCAGUAACUAUAGUCUGCUUUUUCAGCUAUUUAUAUAAGUUCAGAAAGAUGUCAAAGAAAAGGGCAAGAAACAGUAUUAAAAAGUGUGUGCAUGAAGCACUUAUUUUUGUACGCUUAGUACAAUAUUUGUAUAGAGUUUUAACACUAUGAAGUGUAGUAAAAAUCACACCGUCCAUUUACUGGAGGACAAUCACAUAUGCUUAGAUGAAAUGAAGUCAAAAUGGCAUCUUAAUCACCCAUUACAAGGAAAUUAUAACCUGGAUUAAAUUCUGUGAAGUAAGUUUGUAAUUCUAGAAUAAUCAAAGGGCAUUAACUGGACUUUGCAAUAUCAUUAAAACGUUUAAACCAA